AUGACACGGGAAGACGCGCUCCAAAAGGGCCGUUCUCACAAUCCGGCGGACGAGCUGGCUCCUUUGGGGGCUCCCCCACCGAGCCCAAGGCCGUUGAAUUUAAAGGCUCCAUCCAACGGGAAUAAGGCAGAAGGCGCGCUGACGACGACGCCGACUUCGCAUCUGCAAAAGCAACAGUUGCCGCGAAUAACCGUUGCCUCAUUGCUGUGUGAUAGCGAAACGCCUGCCAUACAAUGGAACCAACAAAUGACCCAUCCACAAUGCCCGGCCGCCCAGGGGUAUCACAUAGGACAGGGAACUUUGCCCGGAUACUCGGCCACCUAUGGCCUGCCACAAACCGGUGCUGCCAUGCAGGGGCAGCAGAGGCAGCCGGUACAGCAUCCUGCCCCCGGAGCCGUCACCGGCCAGUCCUCUGCACAGCGGCCCCCGUAUCAGCCCCCUCAUCCGCAAGCGGCUCCUCCCGGAACUCAGGCCCCGGCCCCGACCCCGAUGCAUCCGCCGGAAUACACGCAGUCCACCAAGCUGCAAGCACCACACGACGCUUCCCCCGCGGGCUUGUACAACUCGCUAUCUGCCGCCAAACCGCCCACUCCGCUUCCGACGGCAACAAGCCCCAGCGGCGCACACAAUGGUGCGCCCGCAGUGGUGGCCACAGCAGACAUGGCCAGGAUCUUGUCUAUGACAUCCAAGACAAGAGCAGCAGGCAGCUACGUGUCCACGACUCCAUACAACCUUGGCCUUGGUCCAUCUCAAGGUGAAAACCUCCAGAAUGCGUCUGUGGGGAGCCAAGGGGAGAGCAUGGCACCGACAACCUGCACAAACUGUUUUACGCAAACGACAAUUUUGUGGCGCCGAGGCCCAAAAGGACAGUAUCUGUGCAACGCUUGUGAAUUCGAGAACCGCAUCGGGGACCACCCGCCUGCUGCUGCCCCGCACAGAGUCGCCAGGCCUCUCAGAUUGAAAACCGAUGUCAUCUGGAAAACGAACCGCGGCAGCAUGUCUGUCGGCGGCUUGAGCACCCGCCUGCGCAGAUAACAGCUCCUUAGCCCCCUCCGCCUCCUCAAAACUCGUUUCCUCUCAUCGUCGACGACGGGACAAAACCGGCGUGC